AAUCCCCCCCAGUAUCGUCACAAACACCUGUGAAUAUAUCAAGCAUACACGCCUCGUUUUUUAACAAGUUCAUUUACUACAUUUUCAUUGACGCAUUUCAAAAAUAAUUCUCAACUUCUCAUUGCAUUUUGUUCGAGAAAAUCCAAAGAAACGAUCGGAUGAUAACUUCAACGCUCAUCUUCCAGUACCCACAGACCUGGAGUUCCUUAUAAAAAUAUUAACAGGAGAAAUAUUGAGUGAAAAACAGUGAAUUAAGUGUUUUUGGGCGUUGUUUGAUUCACUCCAAGGUGUGUCAAGAUGAUUGGAAGAUUUGUCAUUGCUGUCGUUGCGCUGCAAAUAGUGACAGUAUGCGCUCAGAGAACUCCCGUAAUAUCCUACAUAUCCCAGCAACAAAUUAAAGAUAUUGGAGGAACGGUAGAACUGCAUUGUUCAGUUCAGUAUGCAUUGGAUCAUGCUGUCGUUUGGGUGAAGAAUAUUCCCAAUGGAGAGCCUAUUACAUUAUCGUCUAGGACCACUUUGAUCAUGAAAGAAACUCGCUUUUCGCUGCGUUAUGAUCAAUCGACUUCCACGUUUACUCUGCAGAUAAAAGAUAUUCAAGAAAUCGACGCUGGAAUAUACACCUGCAAAGUGUACACUUCCUUAGUAUCAGACGAAUCAGCUCAAGUAGAGCUACAAGUACGUCGUCCACCUUACAUCAGUGAUAACUCGACUAGAGCAAUUGUUGUCAGUGAAAACGAACCUGUCGAGUUAUACUGCUAUGCUGGAGGCUUUCCAACUCCAAGAAUUUCGUGGAUCAGGGAGAACAGGGCUGUCCUGCCUACUGGUGGCUCAAUUUACAGGGGAAAUGUCCUGAAGAUAACGUCAAUUCGCAAGGAAGAUCGUGGCACCUACUACUGCGUAGCUGAGAAUGAAGUUGGUAGAGCUGACCGUAGAAACAUAAACGUUGAAGUUGAAUUCGCCCCUGUGAUAACAGCCCCACGUCCUCAUCUGCAACAAGCACUGCAGUACGACAUGGAUCUUGAGUGUCACGUUGAAGCAUAUCCACCACCAGCAAUAUCCUGGCUGAAGGACGAUAUGGUACUGUCGAAUAAUCAACACCACAGUAUUUCACACUUUGCCACUGCUGAUGAAUACACUGACACGACAAUUCGUAUAAUUACUAUCGAGAAAAGACAAUAUGGUGAUUAUGUCUGCAAAGCAGUUAACAAACUUGGAUCUGCUGAGACAAAGGUCAACCUGGGCGAAAGUGUAGUCCCAGUAUGUCCACCUGCUUGUGGCCAAGGUCAUUAUGGAACUGGUGCAUUACCAGUUUCAUCAGGACCCUUGGUAGCAUUGGUCAUGAUGGUAGCAGUAAUUCUUAGAAACAUUAGUACCAAAUAUUAAUUAUCGAGGUCUGCUGAGCUCGAGCAGCUACAGGAACGUCUUGUCUACGGGGAUAACAGGUCUCAUCGGAUUAAUGGCGUUGAUAAUGACAACACCGUAAUUUACACUCCAAAUUUUCUACUACUAAUAACAUCGAAUAUCGGAAGUUCAAAUAGAAUUAAGUACUUUUUUACUCCAAUACCGUGGAUUGAGGGUAGUUUGUACGUAAGAAAGGGUAAAUGCUUGUACGGAAAAUCCAUGAAAAAGCAUUUUCAUCAUUAGAAAUGGUGAAUUUAUCCAAUAGUUGCAUUAGAUAAUCAUUGAAAUAUUUGCGUGCACGGGGAUCAGUGUGAUUUUCACUGAAUGCACGAGUCUGGAGAUCAUUUACGAAAACAGAACAAAUAAUUAGAACAAGUACAAUUAAUUUUACAUGACGAUAAUUCCGACAGCAAAGUUCUCGAUCCUCCUGGGGGUUCUUUUGUACUUUCAUACCAAAUUGUGACUCUCAUUUUAUAGAUCGCUUCAUGCCUGUGUUUCUUAUGUAUUUUUGUUUUCCGGUUGUGAUGGUGAGGAUCAAGAGAGUUAUUUAAAUUAUUUUUGAGAAAUUGGGGAAUUUAGAAAAAAUUAUACAUAUCGUUUUUGAAGUUUGAAAUUAAUAAUGAAUACUUACGGGGAAUUUAAAAGUUAUAUCUUUUUAUUUCGUGUGAUCACGAAUAUGUACUCACUUUGUUUAGUAAGGCGUCAUUAGCUUGUAGGAUUGUAUAUUAACUUAGCGGAGUUGAAACUUUUGUACUUCAAUGCAAGGUACUCGAAGUACUCUGCACAAUGCACAGAUACCUGCAUCACUCACAUAGAUAUUUACAGUUUUAAAAUUUUACACUUGUAAUUUUAUGAAAUUUAUCGAAUAUUUUCGAUAGUAAGAGAAUUACAUAUCUAGAGCUAUUGCUAUUCACUUAAUAUCCGUAGGCAGCUAGGUUUAUUGACUAUCUUUUUCUACUAAAAUUUUUUCUGAAUAAUUUAAUGAUAUCAUUAAACGAUUUUGACAAUUUUUAUAAGGAAUAUUCAUUGUCAGGAGACAAUAAUAUUGAACUCUGCGAUUGAACAAUAAAGAUUGCUCAGUUUCUUCCAGAA